CAUAGCAACCAAGCAUGGCGACGGACAGGCGUCCUGAUCUUGGUGCUGGAGACAGCAUUAUUAGCAAGCUUGCUGGCUAAUUAAAUCCAGACAGUGAUACAACAUUUGAACCAACAUUAGCAAUCUACCUAGAUUUUCGUCCAACACCGAUGUGUUGGACGACGGAGCAUGGGAUACAUUGCCUAUAUUAUGGAUUCAAAAAGAGUAAAUGCAUGGCCUGUUCCAGUAAACCAAAGUGCACCACAAGGGGAGAAUAUUUUGAAAACCAGUCCUUUCUGUCCUCGGUCAUCGAGCAGACUCACUCAGUAUAUUAUUCAAGACCACAUGGUUUCUCAUUAUAAAAAGGUUUACUCAGCUAAAGCUGCUAUUGAUGCCUCUGUUCCUAAAAGCAUGUUACACAGUGUUAAAUACAAUGACCAGUUGCAGCGAGACCAGUUGAUGAGAGAACGUUCCAGGUGUGAGCGGCGUCCCCAGUCAGCUCAUUCUCUGUCCCAGAGGAGCAGUCGGACUGGCACCAGAGCUUCCUGUGUGUCCCAAAACGCCCAGGGCAGAAGGUCCGUUCAAGGACAAGAGAGUGCCUACUUUUGUCUUGAAAGCUCCAUGAUCUCCAGCCCAAGGCUCAACACCUCCUUCCAUGCCAAGCAGAUAGUCUAUCCAUCCCACUCAUCUUUUGGGCACGGUAGCCCCUCACAGCCUGUCUACUCUGCAUCUGAGAUCAGCUACAGGGGCCCCAAUUCUCUGAGGCAGCACUCUGUUCACUCUGGCACCUCAACUGGCACACAGAGUGGCUACAAGGCUUUCCAGGACCCUGCGCAGAAAACCUACAGCGGUGACUUGCUUCAAAAGCAUUCCCAUCAUUUUACCCAGGACAAGCCUUUCACUCCCAGGACCUUGAAGUCAGACAGCAGGUCCCAUCUGUCACAGUAUCGCUACUACACCCCCCCUCGGAGGAAAACCAGCCAGAACAGCACUGGCCCCCGAAUGACACGGCAGGAGACAUAUCGCGGAAGCACACAUGCACACAAGGAUUUCUUAUCAACUGAAUUGGAUGAUCCACCUCAGGGAUUUUGUGCUGAACGUGAGUGGUCAGACGAUGACUCCCACGCAUUAGAUACCUCAGCAUUUGGACACCAAAACAAAGAGUUCAAAAGCCGUAACAGUGAUCUUCAUCUUUCUUCCUACAGAGUUUCACCAGAGGGAAUGAAGUCUCCAAUCCUGAAGAGAGUGUCUGCCGAGGAGGAGGAAUUGAUGUACCUUGAAUUUAUCGCUGAUGUAACAAACGAGAUCUUGUCUCGGGGACUCUACUCUGACAGGGUCCUAGAGCGAGUGUUUGAACGCCACGUUGAAAUAAAUAAACUGCGACUAGACGAGGAUAAAAUGCGCCACCUACUGGAAGUAUUGCAGAAUGACCUGCAGAGUCCAGCCAACACUCCCACCUGUAGCACAGAGCCUAAGAGUAGCGAGCACAACCUGUUGCAUCACUGGCACCGGAAGAGCCCGGACACAGAAGUGACCUUUGACACCAAAGAAGACACUGAUACUUUACCCUAUGCAUCAUUUAAUGAGGGACACAAUGAGAAGCUGGAGAGAACGCUCCCCCUAUCUAUGUCAACACCCCUCCAUAGAAUCUCUCCGGAGAGGACUGUAGAUUGUUCUUCAGAGGAAGCUGUACAGGAGCCGGAUGACCAGCACAAUUACAAACAAGAACAUGAAUCAUCCCUGGCUGAAGAAGCCAGUCACUCUGUAGCCAAUGAUGAGGACCAUAUCUCCCAAAACCCAGCAGCCGUUCAUGAUGAUGGAAUUUCCAGAGAGCUGGAGGAACUGGGCAGAAACAUUGCAGAGUCACUGUGUGUGACCAGUAAUUCAAAUAAUGACUCACAGGGCGUCACAGAACUUUUUAACAAAGUACCCUCUCUCAGUGAUGAUGACUUUUGAAGAUAUUUUUGAUAGUUGAUGUUGCCUAAGGAGACUUGUUACAACUUAUAUAUUCAAAAAUUAAAACUUACAGUGUACUUACUGUUCAUAUUGUGGAAUGCCCACCCCCUGCCAAGGUGGAGUUAGUUCAAGGCACUGCAUUGCCAUGGAGAUUUAUACAGUAUUAGCUAUUUACCAAUAAGUAUACCAAUAGUCAGAACCAGAAAUAGAUUUUUGUACUGUACUGAUCUAAGUGUUGCUCACGUGUUUAGUGGCCUAUUUGAUUUUCUUUGAAGUAGCAUCAGUAAUCGCAUGUUAGUUUCACACUCUCAGGACCCUUACAGAAUGUAAUGCAUUUUUGGAGGAAACAGGCUUUUUAUUCUCAUUCAAUGCACUGUAGUCUUUAACCUGUAUCUUACUAUGACUGUGACUGAUAAUAACUAUAUUUUCAAUUUUUACAAUAAAAUGUUUGUUAUCCGCUGA